AUGGCAGAGAAAACUCCUACACCAAAGGGAGUAAAGAAGCAUAUCCAAACCACAGUUGGUUUAGAUUCAGUGGUUGAAAAGGCAUGGAACAGCCUGAUGAUGAAUGGUGGAAGUAGAACUUUGGGUCUUUAUGGUAUGGGAGGAGUAGGCAAAACCACACUCUUAGCUCGUAUCAAUAACAAAUUUCUUGAAGUGAUGAAUGAAGUUGAUGUUGUGAUAUGAGUUGUGGUUUCUAAAGAUUUGCAAAUUGAGGGCAUUCAAAAACAGAUCUUGGGAAGACUACGUCUUGACAAGGAAUGGAAACAAGAAACAGAAAAGGAAAAAGCAUCUCGGAUAUACGAUAUCCUUAACAGAAGAAGAUUUGUGCUGUUAUUAGAUGAUCUAUGGGGGGAGGUAGAUUUGAACAAGAUAGGAGUUCCACCUUUAACUCAAGAAACCAGAUCUAGAAUAGUUCUCACAACUCGUUCUAAAGAAGUUUGCAAAGACAUGGAAGUCGAUGAUGAGUUGGAAGUUGUUUGUUUAUCACCCGAUGAAGCGUGGGAACUGUUUCAGAAGAAAGUUGGAGAAACUCCAUUAAAGAGCCAUCAAGAUAUUCCCACACUUGCAAGAAAAGUUGCUGAGAAAUGUUGUGGUUUGCCACUUGCACUCAAUGAUUGUGGAGCAAACAACCAAGGUCAUGAUAUAAUUGGUUCGUUACUUCGCACACAUUUUAUUGAUGAUGUGAACUCACAAGUGAAAAUGCAUGAUGUGAUACGCGAGAUGGCUCUUUGGAUAGUGUGUAACUUCAGAAACCAAAAAGAAUCAGAAAGUUGUGUGAAGCCUGGUGCGCAGUUAUGCGAUAUACCCAAGGACAUCAAUUGGGAAAGUGUGAGAAGAGUGUCUUUAAUGAGUAAUCAAACUGCAGAGAUAUCUUGCAGCUUCUACUGCCACAAUCUUUCGACUCUAUUACUUAGGAAAAACAAGUUGGUGGAUAUUUCAGGUGAAAUCUUUCGGUUUAUGCCAGCACUUGUGGUCUUAGAUCAAAAUUUAAAAACCCAAUUGGCCAUGUGAGACCGGUCUGAUCCGGUUUAACAAUAUUUGAUUUUGACGGUUGGACCUCUAUAACUCAUUGCUACCGUUGCUAUUUGCUCUCGCUAGUCGCGCUAUGUAUAUA